GAGUAUUUGAAUUCUUUAUUGUGUUUCAAGAUUUGAAUUUGCCGACUGGGUUCUUGUUACUAUAAAGCAAACUUUAAUGGGUGAUGACUAAUUUGAGUGAUGGAUUUGAUUUGUCAAGUUCUUGGAUGUUGACUUGAAACCCCUUAUCAAAGGAAACUUAAAUUCUGCCCAUUCUUCUUGUUAUUGUGUAUCAAGAUUCAUGCUUGGAGUGCGACAAUGGAGAGGUUUAUGGCCUGCUUUCCAUUUCUUUUAACACUUUGUUCAGAGGUUUAGUUUAAGGAAAGAUGAAAAAUUUUCUGAAGAAAUUUCAUAUCUCUAGUCAAUCAGAGGAUUCAGAAGGGUCAAAGUCUUCAGCUAAGAUUAAAAGAUUGAGUGACGUUUUGUCGUCUGAAAGACAUUCAAAUUCUAGGUCUGAUGAUAAUAAGCCCUUUUCAGCUAUUUCUGGAUGGUUGAAUUCUGUUACCAAUCGUCAAAGUCCUAGUCCUCCAUCUUCUUCAAACGUGAGUAGAGGGAAUAUUAGGAUGGAACCUUCUGAUUCUGCUAGUAGCAGUGGCUUAGAGGCUGCUUUAGAUGCUGUAAGGCGUGAUUCGGAGUCUAGCAACUCUAGGGGGCCUGAUAUAGAGGAAGAGUAUCAAAUACAAUUAGCUCUGGAGUUGAGUGCAAGGGAAGACCCCGAGGCAGUUCAGAUUGAAGCUGUUAAGCAGAUAAGUUUAGGCUCGUGUGCCCCGGAGAACACUCCAGCUGAAAUUGUAGCUUAUAGAUAUUGGAAUUACAACGCUCUAAGCUUUGAUGACAAGAUCCUGGAUGGCUUUUAUGAUCUUUAUGGGAUCCUGACAGAGUCCGAUCCCUCAAAAAUGCCCUCUCUUAUCGAUCUACAAAGAACACCGGUAGCAGACCAGAUCACUUGGGAAGCUAUCCUUGUUAAUAGAGCUGCGGACUCUAAGCUGUUGAAGUUAGAACAGAAAGCUAUAGAGAUGACUGUCAAGGUCAGGUCAGAAUCCAUAGGUUUUGCUGAUAAAAAGUUAGUUCAGAAGCUUGCGAUGCUAGUUUCUGAACACAUGGGUGGUCCAGUUGGUGAUCCUGACGGCAUGUUAAUAGCAUGGAGAAGCCUUAGUCAUAGUCUAAAGGCCACUUUUGGGAGCAUGGUUUUGCCUCUGGGUUCUUUGACCGUCGGACUGGCUCGUCACCGUGCCUUGUUAUUUAAGGUUUUGGCUGAUAGUGUGGGGCUCCCGUGUCGAUUAGUAAAAGGGCAAGAAUACACAGGUUCAGAUGAAGUUGCAAUGAACUAUGUAAAGCUUGAAGAUGGAAGGGAAUAUAUUGUUGAUUUGAUGGCAGACCCUGGCACACUUAUUCCCUCUGAUACAUCUGGAACACAGGGAGACUAUGAGGAAUCCAUCCUCUCCAUCAGUCCAUCCUCCAAAGAUGUUGAUUCUCAUACGGGUUCUUCUAGUAGUGGGGUUGCUUGUUCUUCAGAAGAUCAUUCAGAGUAUGGAAUCGAAGAGAGGAAAUCCAGGUUUGGUGAAAUCAGUGCAGGAAAUGAGUCUCCCUCUACAGGUAAUUCAGAAAAGAAGAAAGGAAAUAAUAACUCUGAUGACUUCACAAAGCUUCGUACUGUGAAGGAGCAAGGGCCAGAAACUUCAUCCAGGACUGGGCAUGCAAGAUCUCCUUAUUCACAUACAAGAUCUCCUUCCUGGACUGAGGGCAUUAGUUCCCCAGCUGUACGGCGAAUGAAAGCGAAGGAUGUCUCACUGUACAUGAUUGAUGCUGCUAAAGAAAAUCCACAGCUAGCUCAAAAACUUCAUGAUGUCUUACUUGAAAGUGGUGUUGUUGCACCACCAAAUUUGUUCACUGAAGUCUAUUCAGAGCAAUUAGAUGCCUCCCCUGUGGAGGGAAAAUCCAGGUCAGAGGAUAUGGAAAGUCAGGGUAGGGAUGAGGUUGAGAAAAUCAAGAGUCAAGUUGAUCUAGAUUAUAAUAAUUUCUUGCCUCCUUUGGCUUAUCAUGCCAUGUCCAAGGUCAAUCCCCGUGGGCCAUUUGAUCCUCAUCUGGAUGGUGGAGAAGUUAGUGGGCAGCAUGUUUCCUCACACUCUGAGCUGGCUGCAGCGAAAUUCACGAGAAAUAUGCCUGUUGCUGCAGCUGCAGCUGCAGCAGCUGUGGUGGCAUCUUCAAUGGUAGCUGCUGCAGCAAAGACCACAUAUGGUUCAAAUGCUGAUCUCCCUGUUGCAGCUGCUGUGACAGCCACAACUGCAGCAGUGGUAGCAACAACUGCCGCUGUCGCUAAGCAAUAUGAAAACUUGGAGACAUCUGCUCAUUUACCAAAUAGUCCUGCUUUCUUCCUUAAUUUAAUCGACCCUAAAAGAGUUGAUAAAGAUGCAGAUGGUGCUGUGCCUGAAAAACGGGGUAGUGGUGAUCAAGUGCAUGAGGCAUUAGGAGUGAAUUAUGAGGGUGAAAGAGUAUCAGAUAGGUCAACUGGUAAUGAUAGUGUGAAAUCUGAUGUGACACUUGAUGAUGUCGCAGAUUGUGAGAUUCCAAUGGAGGAGAUCACCUUGGGUGAGCGUAUCGGACUUGGAUCUUAUGGGGAGGUCUAUCGUGGAGAGUGGCAUGGAACUGAAGUAGCUGUGAAGAAAUUCCUAGACCAAGAGUUAGCUGGUGAAUCCCUUGAAGAGUUUAAAAGUGAGGUGAUGAUCAUGAGAAGACUCCGGCAUCCUAAUGUAGUCCUGUUCAUGGGAGCCGUUACACGUCCUCCAAACCUUUCAAUUGUUACCGAGUUUCUUCAUAGAGGUAGUUUGUACAGAUUAAUUCAUCGGUCGAACAAUCAAUUAGAUGAAAGGAGACGGUUGAGGAUGGCUCUUGAUGCUGCUCGAGGGAUGAACUAUCUACACAAUUGCACUCCUGUGAUAGUUCAUCGUGAUUUGAAGUCUCCAAAUCUCCUUGUGGAUAAGAACUGGGUUGUGAAGGUAUGUGAUUUUGGGUUAUCGAAAAUAAAGCACAGCACCUUUCUAUCUUCAAGAUCAACUGCUGGGACGGCUGAGUGGAUGGCCCCAGAAGUGCUGAGAAAUGAGCCUUCAGAUGAGAAAUGUGAUGUAUAUAGCUUUGGUGUCGUACUAUGGGAGCUCUGUACUCUGCAGCAGCCAUGGGGAGGAAUGAACCCCAUGCAAGUUGUAGGUGCAGUUGGAUUUCAGCAUCGCCGUCUUGACAUACCAGAUGACAUGGAUCCUGCUGUUGCAGACAUCAUCCGAAAAUGCUGGCAAACAGAUCCAAAGUUACGGCCUUCAUUUGCUGAGAUUAUGGCUGCUUUGAAACCACUGCAAAAGCCUAUAACCAGUUCACAAGUACCAAAACCACUGGGGAACAGAGGUCAAGAAAAGGGUCGGUCAUAAAGAAACGUGGAUGAUCCAGCAGCAUAGUAUGUUUAGGACAGAAGGGAAAACGGAAUUUUAUCUUUUGUUGGAAAUGAAGACAGGUCCAUAUUUGUUUAACCAGAAAUUAAAGGAAGACAUAAAGGAUCUGUCAACAAACAUAUACUUCAUGAUGAGUCAAUUGUUGUGAUUCUUUUUUUUUUUUUUUUUUUUUGGUUUUCUGGCAGUUGUCAACCCACAGGUAUUCAACAUUGUGCAUCUUAUCUUAUGUAUAAUUCAUUUUUGGGAUCAUUUUGUAAUUAACAGAGAUUGAGAACAUUUCCCAUACUUCCACAUCAAAUUCUUUGAGAUGCUUGAUUAUCCAGUUGCAGCA